CAAAGCACUAUGAAAUGUUUCUAGAAUCUUCAGAAAUCUAAAAAAAAAUAGUUAGAAGGCAAUAAUGAAAAAUAUUUUGGGAAACUUGGGAAGUGAUAUACAAUCUGUAUGGAAUUAUAUCUUGUAACAUCUUUCAGCUCCGAGGUACUGCGAGCAAUAGAAAACGUUAUUGAAGAGGUUAUCAUGAGUUUGUCCAAAAAUAAAGCACCUAUUCUUAUCUUAAAAAACAGAUCUGACUGGGGAAAUAUACAUUUUACAGAAGCUGUAGGUUUGCAGAUGAUAUCUAAUUGUACCACACAGCAAAUAAGAAGUGACAAUCCUAAAUCAGCACCAAAGUUUGCUUUGUGUCUUAAAAUAUUAUCUAUAAUCUACAAGAUGGUUCAGACAAACACUUAUGCAACAAAAAGAGAUAUCUUUUACACCGAUACAGUUCUUUUUGGUAACCAGAGGGUUGUGGACAAUAUUAUAAAUGACAUUUCCUGUAUGCUUAAGAUACCCAGAAGGACUCUACAUAUUCUGUCCACUAGCAAAGGAUGCAUUGCUGGUAAUCUUAGUUUUAUUGAGGAAGAUGGUACAAAAGUAAAUUGUACUUGCAGUACCACAACACCUGUACCAUCUAAUGUAGAAGGAAUAAGAAAUCUGAUUACAACUGCAAAAUUUAUUCUAAUUAUAGAAAAAGAUGCAACUUUUCAGAGACUGCUAGAUGACAACUUCUGCUGUAAAAUGUCCCCAAGUAUAAUAAUUACGGGAAAAGGUGUACCAGAUAUCAAUACAAGACUACUAGUCAGAAAAUUAUGGGAUACUUGUCAUGUACCAAUCUUUGCUCUCAUGGAUGCUGAUCCACAUGGUAUUGAAAUAAUGAGUAUCUACAAAUAUGGAUCUGUGUCAAUGUCGUUUGAAGCCCAUCGCCUCACAGUUCCAGCUGUAAGAUGGCUUGGUCUCCUUCCAUCUGACAUUUAUCGAUUGAAUGUUCCUAAGAGUGCACUAAUUCCACUGACUAAAGAAGAUCAGAGUAAACUAACUGCUUUACAGGCAAGACCAUAUAUUGCUCAUGAGUCAGCCUGGAAAAAAGAAUUAGAUAUUAUGGAAACAUUUAAAAUGAAAGCUGAAAUUCAGGCUCUGACCUCAUUUUCAACAGAUUAUCUUUCAAGGAUAUAUUUGCCAAACAAGCUGCAAUUCGGCGGAUGGAUAUGAAUAUCAGGACACCUUUUAAAGAUUUUUAAUGAGUAUUUUGACAGAAUAUAAAUAUUAAAAAAAGUAAACAGAUGUAGAACAUAUAAGAAAACAAAAGAGAAGGUAUGGAUAGUUAUUCCUAAUGGAAUAAUGGAAUUCCUAAUUUAUUUCAGAAGUGUUAAGGCAGGUCAUACAAAAUUUUCAGUUAUGUAAAAUACUUUCUAUGUGAAUUAGUAUUUCUCUUUAAUUUUCCUUUUUGAUAGGAAGAAUAAUUUCUGAUCUAAUAUUGGUUUCAUAUUUUAUAA